AUGACCCAUUGCACUUUUGCUUCCUUACGCGGGUAUGAGCGGCAGAACGUGUACGAAGACUACUUGGACGACCAGCUCGAGCUGCUCGGCGCACAGCAUUUCCGAGGAGACGACCGCAGCUUUCGCGAGCUUUUCGACACCGAGGGACGACUGCUGCAAGUGCUCCUGGCGGGCGUCUCCGGCAUCCAGAUGCGCUUUAGGCUGUCUCAUUUAGAGAAGGUUCGCGGCCAGAUAGAAGACAUGUUCACCACGCUCACAACAACGGCCAAGGAGAGCAUCGGUGGCCUCCGCUGGGCAGGCGACGGCGCCAAGGAGGAGGCCGUCCGCAAGCUGGACUCGAUGACGCACGACGUCUUCCCCACGGACGACUUCUUCGACGAGCGAAAACGGCGCUCGCUGUACGAAGCGUUCGCUCCCAAGGACCCUGAGUCCAGCUUCAUCGUGCGCUUCCUCGAGGCCAGCGCCGUCCUGCGCGGCUUCCUGGCGACCGACGCCUACGAGGACGUUUACCGGCGGCGGAUGGGCGAAGGAGGCGCGCCGCUGUUGUUCUACGAGUACAACAGGAACAUCUUGCGCGUGUCGUUGGACGCACUCGAGCGCCCGAUGUUCACCGUAGACGGCACGGACGCUAUGAACUACGGCGGCCUCGGGUCUUACGUUGCCCGCGUGCUGGCCCGCUCAUUCGAUCCCAUCGGCAGCACGGUCGACUCGACGAGUACUGACCGGCUCUGGUGGGGUCCCAAGAUGUCAAGCGGGUACUUGAGGAAAAUAUCGUGCAUGAAUAAUUGGACGCGACAAGGCGUCCUCGACGGCACGACACCCUCGAGCAACCGUCCGGUGUUCAGCCUGUUCCCGCACGUGCCAGCUGUGGAGACGGCCUACCGCGCGUACAAGCACGCCUCGGAGAAGAACAAGACGGCGGACGGGCUGCAGUUGGCCUUGCUCGGGCAGCUGUCGGGCGACCAGGUCUUCUUCCUCACCUACUGUCACGUGCUAUGCGCAGCCCAGGAGGCAGCCGGCGACGCCGCGCACGCCUGCAACGUGCCACUAGCGAACUUCGCGGCGUUCGCGAACGCGUUUCACUGUCCGGUUGGCUCGCGCAUGAACCCGGGCGCCAAGUGCACCUUCUUCGAGGACGACAGCUGA